AAGCUCGACCUCUCGAACCAUGUGAUAUGUAAAUUUAGCGGGGCGAGAGAACUUUACGGGGAGAUCACUGUCGGUGAGAGACCGCACUGCUUUUGUGUCUGAUAAACGAGGGAGGGAAAAACAAUUUCUGUGGACCAGCUUAAAGUCGUCUAUCUCUUGCAGACUUUAACAGACCAGCUGCUCACUCAAGAUGAAGUACAUCCUUGUUACUGGUGGUGUCAUCAGUGGAGUUGGUAAAGGUGUCAUAGCAAGCAGCAUUGGAACAAUCCUACGUUCCUGUGGAAUUCGAGUGACUGCCAUCAAGAUAGACCCAUAUAUCAACAUUGAUGCUGGCACCUUUUCACCAUAUGAACAUGGUGAAGUUUUUGUGUUGGACGAUGGUGGGGAAGUGGACCUUGAUUUGGGAAACUAUGAACGAUUUUUGGACGUGACACUACAUCGUGACAACAAUAUCACAACUGGCAAGAUAUAUCAACAGGUUAUUAACCGUGAGCGCCGUGGUGAUUACCUUGGGAAAACUGUUCAAGUUGUUCCUCACAUUACUGAUGCGAUACAGGAAUGGGUCAUGAGAGUGUCAAAGAUUCCUGUUGAUGGAGAUAACAAAGUCCCUGAAGUUUGCUUAAUAGAGCUUGGGGGUGUAAUUGGAGACAUCGAAGGCAUGCCAUUUGUGGAAGCUUUCAGGCAAUUUCAGUUUCGUGUAAAACGAGAAAACAUAAUCUGUGUUCAUGUUAGCCUUAUUCCUCAGCCAAAGGCAACUGGAGAACAAAAGACAAAACCAACCCAAAGCAGUGUGCGGGAGCUCAGAGGUCUAGGCAUAUCUCCAGAUAUUAUUGUCUGUCGGAGUGUCACACCCCUUGGUGAUGACGUAAAAGAAAAGAUCUCACUUUUCUGCCAUGUUGCACCAGAGCAGGUAUACUGUGUGCAUGAUGUCACAUCUAUCUACCGUGUUCCACUGCUGUUAGAAUCACAAGGAGCCACAGACUUUUUGAUCGAUCGAUUACAUUUAAAGGUGCCAAAUCCACAGUCUCGCAGGCCCAUGAUGCGUUGGAAAGAACUUGCUGACAGAUAUGAUCGCCUGCUGAAAGAAGUCACCAUUGUUCUGGUUGGCAAAUACACUAAGCUAGAGGAUGCCUAUGCAUCUGUUAUCAAGGCUCUCCAACAUGCUGCACUGGCUGCCAGUCACAGGCUUGAUUUAAAGUACAUAGAAGCUGAUGAUUUGGAGCCUGCCAUGUUGCAUGAAGAUCCUCAGAAAUACCAUGAGGCAUGGAAAGAGCUUGUGGGUGCCAAUGGAAUCUUGGUACCAGGUGGCUUUGGGGGUCGAGGAGUGGAAGGAAAAAUUCUUGCAGCUCAUUGGGCCCGCACUCGAAACAUUCCUUAUUUAGGCGUUUGCCUUGGUAUGCAGUGUGCUGUGAUAGAAUUUGCACGCAACAUCCUCGGCCACAAGGACGCUAACUCUGCUGAGUUUGACAGUGACACAAAAAAUCCUGUGGUGAUAGAAAUGCCAGAGCACAAUCCUGGUCAGUUGGGGGGAACAAUGCGUCUGGGGAAACGCAAGACAGUCUUCAAAACAGAGAAUUCUGUUAUACGCAAGUUGUAUGGAAAGAGUGAAAUUGUGGAGGAGCGCCAUAGACAUCGAUACGAGGUAAACCCAAAAUAUGUCAGUCAGCUGGAGGAUAAUGGCUUGCGUUUUGUGGGACGAAGUGAAGAUGGAGAACGAAUGGAGAUUAUGGAACUGGAAAGCCAUCCAUACUUUGUCGGAGUGCAGUACCAUCCUGAAUACCUUUCCAGACCAAUGAAGUGUUCUGCCCCUUACCUUGGCCUACUUCUAGCCAGCUGCAACAAACUGCAGCAGUAUGCAAGUCGUGGAUUUCGCCCCUCACCCCGCAUGUCCUUCUGUGAAGACUCGGACAGUGACAAUGUUUCAGAUGAGGUUGAAUCACUCACAUCUUCUGUGUCUAAAGUUGACUUGGAAGGAGAACUUGUAAUUUCGUCUUCAUAAUAAAAGAUUUAUUUUGUUGCCCAUUUGUAUUCUUAUGUGUAUCCUAUGUAGCAUUGCACAUUAUUUAAAAUAAGUGAUUGUCAGAUAAAAAGUCUUUGUAUUCAGUUUUUUUAAUUAUUUUGUUAUUGUAGUAAAAUGGGUGACUGCGAGUGCUUCAAACUAUGCUUCACGUGGGAAAAAAAUCCCUUUUAAUAAACUAUUUUUGUGUUAUCUUUAUAAUUAUGUGAUUUAGCAUAUGGUUUAUUUCUUAAAAAUUUUAAUCUUCUGUAGUGAUUGUGGGGGAAAAGAUUUGAGAAUGUUAAAAUUCCUGAAAAGUAUUUGGAGGGGGAGUGCAUGCAUGUGUGUGAGCAAGUGAGAGAGAUAAGAAAUUGAAAGCACAGGGUUUAGCACAAGUUCAAACUAACAUUUCUUCAAGUUCAAAUCACCCAUUCACAGACUGGCAUGUUUUGACUGAUUUAGUAUAAUAUAUUAGUAAAUAAUGAGACUAAAAAGGUGGCUUUUUAAAUUCCAGUUAGCCCAUAUAUUUGGGAAAUUAUAACUUCCACUUGGAACCUUGCAAAGUUUUGUGUAAAUAUAUCUUGAUAACUUCUCCCUAUCAGAUAGGCAAUUUUGCACAUUGUAGUUAACAUUGUAUAAUAUUAAUCAAACAACAAAAUUAUUUCCUGGAUAUAAGUCAUCAAUGUUUUGACCGUGGAUUGCCACUGAUUAGCCUUGCUGUGUAUGAGGGACAGAAUGAUUGAUGAGUUAUGCACAUCCAUUUAUUAUGCAUUGAACUGUACAUAGGUUUUGUGUGACAUAUCUUGAAAAAAUUGGAUACUAAAUAAGCUUGAAAGAGACAGUAAGAUUAGAGAGGAAAGUUCAGCAGGAUGAGGUUGUUUAAUAUAGAAUGAAUCUCUUGCCCACCAGAGACAGACCACAAAUUAGAAUGAAUGUGAAAGCCUGUCUUGCAAUUUAACAGUGAUAUCUAUUUCAUGUACAUAUCAAAGAGUGAUUUGAUUUUGUAUAUUACAUUCACAUUAUUGUAUAUUUUAGCUUUGUCAUCCCCUGAAUGUUUUAAACAUUUUUUUUUCAAUUUUUGUAAAGGCUUAAAAUGUAUAAAUAAAUAUAUUACAAAGA